UUCACCAGCUGACGCUCAAGGUCCCUCUUGCAUGUGUUUUUCUGCGGUCGCAGUUGAAUCCCUCGCCAGCUGCGAUGCACAGAGCGGCGCCCGCGGCUUUCUGUGACUGGCCUCAGUUCGUCAGAGCAGCGAUGAUCCGACAGAGUUCAAAGUGCGCAGGCUGCCUCCAGAACAGCGCUCGCGCCUACAGCGUCGUUCCUGCGCCGCGCGAUAGCGAGGAGAAGGAGAUAUUGCACCGGAUGCUGCGCGUGGAUCACGCGGGUGAAUACGGUGCUAAUCGCAUCUACGCCGGGCAGAUGGCAGUGUUGGGCCGGUCUAGAACUGGACCACUCAUCCAGCAAAUGUGGGAUCAAGAAAAGAAGCACCUAUCAAAAUUCAAUGAAAUCCUUGCUGAGAGCAGAGUUCGACCCACGGCUCUUCUGCCACUCUGGAACCUGGCUGGGUUUGUUUUAGGGGCAUCCACCGCUCUGCUGGGUAAAGAGGGGGCCAUGGCGUGCACUGUGGCAGUGGAGGAGAGCAUCUCUGAGCACUACAACAGCCAGAUCAGAGCGCUGAUGGAGAACGACCCAGAGAGAUACACUGAGCUGUUACAAGUGAUAAAGGAGUUUAGAGACGAUGAAAUGGACCAUCAUGAUACAGGUUUGGAGCACGAUGCCGAAUCACUACCUGGGUACUGGCUGCUAAAAAACGCAAUCCAACUCGGGUGCAAAGCUGCGAUAUACGUUUCUCAACGAGUCUGAAUUUGAGCUUAAACACAACAGAAUUCCUUUUUUUUUUCGUUCUGUAUUUUGGAAAUGUUUGACGUUGUCAUCAAUGAAUGAAGGACCUUGUGACGCAGCACAGACGUGACAUUUGGUAUACAUACUUUAAAAAAAAAAAGACAUAAAUAACUCAGUUCUGACUGCAUUAUUGCAAUGCUCUGAUUAUGCUUCAGUUUGUAUGUACAGCUGCUUAAAUGCAUCAAUAUUAUUUUCUGAAAUGUUUGGUUUUACUUUUGCAUUAUCAGAAAAGCUAAAAAAACAAAAAAAACAUAUGUUGUUGGUGGCAAAGUUGGUUAACUCUCUUUAAUAAAUAAGUCCAUAAAAUA